ACAAGUGUGAGGAGAGUUCGAUAGCAGGAAAACCUUUUACAUCUGAAUUCUUAUUUCAUUUAAAGUUUUUCCACGAUGUCUUCAAAACGAAAAAGAGGUACACAUAAAAAGGUAGGCGAGUGUCUGGAUCCGAAGAAGAGAGGCAGACAGCGCGGAAAGAAACCAUCAAGUUCAGCAGAUGAAGAAAUUUCUGCAAUUUCUGCUACUAGAUCCGAAUCGGACUGCACUGACGAUGACUUCGAGGACAUGAAAGAUCACCAAAAAGCGACUCGUCGACUAAGGACACGGCAAAAACGGAAAUUCCGUAUGCCAAGUCGUGAGGAGAUUUGGGACAAGAUUCCAGACACGCCCUCUGGACGAUCUACCUAUAGUCAUCUAAAACCUCGUAAACUGGUGAAUAACUUUACCAAGGAAAACAGCCGAUACAACUUUGACCCAGAUUACACGAGUGGGGAGGACUCGAUACAGGACUUCGUAGUCCCUGAUGAUGAAGUCAAAAGUGCUGAUAGUGAGGUUUCUGAAUCAGAUGAUAGCAGAACUACAGCUAGCAGCAAAAACAGAGAGAACAGAGAGAAGGGUGAAACUAGCGACAGCAGUGAUGCUUCAUCAGUCCAGUCGGAUGGAAGUUCAAAUCAGUAUGGCAGAAGGCUUAAGAAAACCAGAUUGCAAAGGGGUCCUCGUAACCAAGUCAACAAUGAUGAUAACUGCACUGAUGAGAGCAUGAACGGUAGAGAUAGUGGAGAUUCUGACAGUGACGGCAAAAAUAACAACGUUCAAAGUGAAUCUGAUGGCAGUUCAAAUCAAUAUGGCAAAAAUUUAAGGAAAAGACGUCAGAGAAAGAUUAGGAUUAAGGCCCUGGAGAGCAGUAGUGACUCGGACAGUGGCAGUUGUCAGAGUAGUCAUCCCCCAGAAGUGCAGACAGAUCAACAAGAGGCAGAUUCCAUUUCUCCAGACUCCCACAAUGUGAAUAAUAACACACCUGAUCAACCUGUUCAAAGUGUGAUGUUUAAGGCAUUGAAAAAUUACAUUCAAUCAAAACAACCACAAUUGCAGAUGACAAAUGUAAUGAACAGUCCUGGCUCUCAAGCAUCCAGCAAGAAUGAGAGCAUUGUUGAUGAAAGAAUGUCUGAUUCAGAGGGUGAGAAUUGUAGGGAGAGUUCUGACAGUUCUGGAGGAAACCAGGAAUCCAGACGAAGGAGAAGUAAGCGACAAGCUGCCAGAGACCUAUUUGCUGACUUUAAGAUGACAAGAGCCCACCGAAAAAAGCCAAAGUAAAAGUAUCCUGGUUACUGAUAUGUAGCCAAUUGGGGAAAAAAAAAUCAUGCUUAAUCAGGAGAGUCUGAUGUUGUGAGAAUCAUAAAUCUGAGGAAUGUGCCUGGUUUUAACAAUCAUGAUAUGUAAAAUAUUCCUCAUUUGUGUCUGAAUUACACCGCUUUUCCUUUAGUGCCAAUGAACUGAGAAUCAUUCCAGUAAGAGAAUCCUGACAAUCUGUUGAGUGUAUUACCGGGCCCGUAUUUAUCAAGCAACUUCUAAAGAGCAGGAAAUAACUCAAUCCAGAAAUGAAACACAGCUGCAAUUAAAAUGUUUUGCUGCAGGAAGUUUAAACUUUGUACACUGAUUCUUUAUUGCAGAACAAUGUACAACCCACAAUUUGAGUUCUUUCCUGUUUUGAGUUUAUAAGUACUUGCAAUUUAUGACAUUAGUUUUAAGUUGCUUGAUAAUUACGAGGCCUGGUUUCUGGGAAAUGACCAGUUAAUGCUAGGUUAUCUUAGUGCUGAAAGUGUAAACUCCCAGUCCACUCCAAGCUUAAGUGCAUCAGCAGAAUAUAGAAACAUACUGGUACUUAUGUUAAAUCAUUACCAGUUUGUGUUUUGUACACUGUUGUCCACUGCGACAAAUAUUUGAAUUAUUGUUUUGUUCUAUGUUAUUGUUAAGAUAUUUAUU